AUGAGCAAAAAAAGACAGUAUACAAUAACCCUUUUGGCCAAGGGAAUUAUUUCAGAAGAUUUGCAUUACGGUAUAUAUGCACGAAAUUGGUGGGAAUUAUGUAAAUUUGAUAAAACUAACGCUAAUUUGAUACCUUAUCGAUUAUUUAUGUCUGUUAAUUGUUAUCUUAACAAUAAGAACUUUGCAAUAACAGUUCUUAAUAAUGAACAAACACAAAAUCCAUGUUUCUGCUGUGUUUGUGAUGAUAAAGAUUCUGGAGCUCAGCCAUCAGCUUCUGUAGCAAUUAAUGAAACGUAUAACCAAAUUUUUGGUAAUAAAAUAAAAUAUUCAGGAUUAGCUGUUAUGGGGUUUGAUAAUGAAUCAAUUUUUCAUGAGUUAAUAGCAGAUGUUCAAUUUAUUCCAAUAUUUAUUCUUUUAGAUAAAAUAUUAAUUGUGGUUAGUAAAAUUGGUAUUUCAUCUUGUGAAGAAUAUUAUGGUGCUGGUCCAGGAUAUCUUUCUACACUUAUAACGAAAUAUAAUGGUAAACAAUCACUUUUUAUACAAUCUAUACUAGAAGAUGAAUGUAGUUUGGACGUUUAUUAUGAAGGUAUUAAAUUAUACCAUAAUAAGGAUACUACGCCUAAUAAAAUUUGGGAGACUAUUGGUAUUCUCAGAAAAUAUGAUGGAGUGACUUUAUUUGGAAUCACUAAUUCAUACGUUCAACAAAAAUUGGAAGAAUUGAAAAAGAAUAAUAAUAUAAUUACUUGUAUGAGUGAUAAUUGGGAAAAUAUUGAUUUACUGAAUCUUAUAUUUGAACAAAAUAUAAAAAAACAAAAAGAAUUAGGUGCAUGGCGAGCAAUGCUUCGUGCCUCUGGUUGUAUUAAUAUCACCUCAUUUUCAAAAAAAUGGCAUAUAAUUGAAUUUUGGAUAAAGGCACCAGAUUCUUCACCUGAUAGGGAAAAUCUAGCGAAACUUUUUAAAUCAGGAAUGCUAGUAGUGAUAGAAAAGAAAUCUAACCCUGAUAAUGAAAAUAAAACACUUUGGAAAAGUUUACAAAAAGCUUUAGAAAAAAAUAAAAGAGGAGAUGAUGGAAAAGUUAGAAUUCUUUCAAUAAUUGCCGAAAAUUUUACAUAUAAAAAACUCAAAGAAAAGUUUGGGGUAGGAAAUGAUACAAUUAAUUCUUCAUGA